AUGAGGACAAGGAAGCUCCCGUAUCCACUAGAAAAGGUCUGGUUGGACAAGCACCUUUAUGAUGAAGCAGAGAGGCUCCAUUAUGAAAGAGAAGCCACGUUGGCAGCCUCAGCGUCUGAAAAGUGCCAAGAGUUGGAGGCAAUGAACAGCCAUGAUGAUCCUGUCGAGGGCGACUUGAAAGACAUGAAAAGAGUGAGAAAUGGGAAGAAGCAAAAGAAAAGGAAGCGCUCUCCAAAAACCAAGAGUUUGGUCUCCAAGGUAGAUUUCGUCCUGACUGGUUUAUUAGCUGAUCGCGUGUGGUUUGACAAACCUUUCUUCGAUCACGCUGAAAACAUGUUCAGAAAGAAACUUGCAGAUGACCUGACCCAGAAGGCCCCUGAGACUGAACUGGUUGCUGAGCAGCCAGCAUUAGUGUCCUGGUCAGAAGAAGCUGUCCCAGGUGUUCAUAAGCCAAGGAAGAACCUAGCAGUCUUGCACUGCACCCAUGCAAGUCUGAUUGCUUGUCACCAUGUCAUCCAGAAUGUCUGGGUCAACAAGUUCAACUUUGAUGAUGCAGAGAAGGUGUUUGUUGAAAGGUCUCAAUCUUUUGUUCAUCCACACUUCCUCGAUCUUCCAUUGGUACGACGGAACAGUGACUAUGGUGAUGUUGAUCAACGAACUCCAGAUGAAGGGUAUAUAACAGCUCUACCUACUCCUGCAACCCCUGCUACACCACACCUGUCAACAGAUGAUGUGGUUCAUUCUGGUGCAUCUUUCAUUACCAGUUUGCCCAGUCCUGCACACCAGACAAUAAAUGGCAAGCCUCAGAUAUUGAGCUUGCAGGCAUUGAUCUCGGAGGUGUGGCUGGAGAAACCUAUUUAUGAUGAUGCUGAGAAAUGUUUCUACGAGAACAUGACUGAUGGGCAUCCCCCAGGGAAGGUGAGGCCACAAGAGCGCAGCCGCCCAGAAGCCUCGAAGAGCAGCCGAAAGGACAAGAAGGGCCGCAGUCCCGGGAAACGAAUGAAUUCCCGACAUGUGGAGUUCACCACCAACCCUUCCCUUUCUAAAGAUGCCGAGCACCCUCCACCUACCUGGUAUUUCCUGCACAAGGACAGUGAGCCUUUGUGGCUUAGUAAACCCACAUACGACAGUGCUGAAUCACGAUACUAUGCAUCUGAGGCCCUGAAAAUGUCGAGCAGACAAGAUAAUGCAAGGGUUCCAGAGCUCACGCUCGCAAAACAAUCUCGACCUGCUUCUCGUGCCGCAAGCGUUCCCGCAUCAGAAACUAAAAAAAUGGCAGCUGAAUUCCUUAUGCAUGAGAAGAUCUGGUUUGAUAAAUUCAAGUAUGACGAUGCUGAGAAGAGAUACUAUGAACAGAUGAAUGGGCCAGUUGCCAGUCCUUCAUGCCAACAGGAGAACGGAGCCAGCACGAUCCUACGCGACAUUGCCAGAGCCAGGGAGAAUAUCCAGAAAUCGCUGGCCGGACGCAAGACAGUUCUGGAUAGCCCCCAAGAAGCCCCACCUGUCCAAUCCAAGAAAAAGUCAGGUCGCCCAACUAGUGCAAGCACGACCUCUUCUGCUGGGCCUGCUGGUGACCAAAAUGAGCUCCUCACCAGAAUAGCUAACCUGGAGGUGGAGAACCAAAAUCUCCGCAGUGUUGUUGUAGAUCUUCAGCUGGCCAUCUCCAAGCUGGAAACUCGCCUGAACACACUAGAAAAAUCCUCCACCUCUCACCAUCCCUCAGCAACGCCACCAACCCAGCAUGUCACCCCAAUGAAGAAGGUGGAAUCACCUGCUGCUCCCCCAAAGAAAGUAGAACUCCCUUGUGCUCCACCUGCAAAGAAAGUAGAACCAUCUGAGGCUGACGACGAAGAUGAGGAUGACGACAUUGACUUAUUUGGCAGUGGUGAUGAAGAGGAAGACCAGGAGGCUGCCAAAGUUCGGGAAGAGCGACUACGCCAGUAUGCGGAGAAGAAGUCUAAAAAGCCUGGCCUCAUUGCCAAGUCUUCCAUCCUUCUGGAUGUCAAGCCUUGGGACGAUGAAACUGACAUGGCAAAGAUGGAGGAGUGCGUCCGGUCCAUUCAGAUGGACGGCCUGGUGUGGGGAGCCUCCAAGUUGGUUCCAGUGGGCUAUGGUAUUAAGAAGCUCCAGAUCCAGUGCGUAGUGGAGGAUGACAAGGUUGGAACAGACAUACUGGAGGAGGAGAUCACCAAGUUUGAAGACUACGUGCAGAGUGUCGACAUAGCGGCUUUCAACAAGAUCUAAGAGUGAACGUUUAUCCUUUCUGGAACGGUAACUAAUAAAAGGUCAAGAUUUUGAGUGCA